CGAAGGUGUCAUUCCUGAACACUUCCUGGUUGUCACUGCGGCCAACAAGCUCUGUGCAUAGAAUCUCCUCCACUGAGUACCAGUCUUCCAUAUCCACUGGGAGGACAGCAAUCUGUCCCGAUGCUGCUGACACUGUGCCUGGGAUUCUACGUCCUUCCCUUCUGUUUGAUCUCCUCCGUCAGGGCUGGUGAUACAAACGAAACAUGCUAUGAAUUCACCGAUCUCGGGUUACAUGACGCUGUUGUUGGAACAACACUGAAGAUCCAGUUGUUAAUUUACACCAGGGAAAAUCCAAACUGUGCCGGGGAUCUGAACCUGGAGAAUACAUCUGCUUUUCAGUAUCUGAACAUAUCAAGAAAAACAAUAUUUAUCACCCAUGGCUAUCGGCCUACCGGAUCUCCUCCUGUGUGGCUGGAUGAAAUUGUCCAGAAAUUGCUUGCCAUCGAUGACUUUAAUGUCAUCUUAGUGGACUGGAACCGAGGAGCUACGACUGUGAUCUAUCACAAUGCUGCUGCAAAAAGCAGGAAAGUAGCUGACAUAUUGAAAAACUUCAUUGACAAGAUGUUGGACCAAGGAGGCUCUUUAGACCUCAUAUAUAUGAUAGGUGUCAGUCUCGGCGCACACAUUUCUGGAUAUGUUGGCAAAAUGUACAAUGGUUCCAUCAACCGCAUCACUGGCCUGGAUCCAGCUGGUCCAUUAUUCAAUGGGAAGCCCCCCCAGGACAGAUUACACCAUACCGAUGCACGAUUUGUGGAUGUUGUUCACUCAGAUACUGAUGGUCUUGGCUAUAAGGAGAGCUUAGGAAAUAUCGAUUUCUACCCAAAUGGAGGAACAGACCAACCAGGAUGUCCAAAAACGAUAUUAUCAGGCUCUGAAUAUUUCAAGUGUGAUCACCAGCGCUCAGUUUUUCUGUAUAUCGCAUCUUUAAAUGAGUCUUGCAGUGUUGUUACAUUUCCUUGUGAAACUUACAAAGAUUACCGUAUUGGGAAAUGUGUGGAUUGCAGGGUAUAUGGAUCCCUCGGCUGUCCGGAAUUAGGUUUUUACGCUGACAAGUGGAGAGAUUAUCUGGUGGCGAAGAAUCCUCCAGUGACGAAGGCUUAUUUUGAUACGGCGUCGGUGAAACCGUUUUGCAUGUUUCAUUAUUACUUGGAUUUUAUUACAUCAAACACUAAUACAAGGAGGGGUUAUAUUACCAUCAAAGUCGAAUCUACAUCCGGAAACAUAACUGAAUCAAAGUUGGACCAGGAUGCUGCCGUGUUUGAGAAAAAUCAGGAGGUUACCCUGCUAGCCAAAUUUGAUCAGGAUUUCGAUCAGAUUUCAAGAAUCUUUGUGACAUUUACCACGGGAUCUGUGGUAGGACCAAAGUACAAGCUGCAAGUUCUAAAAAUGAGGCUCCGAUCCACAGCAGAUCCAUACAGAACGUCAUUCUGCCGAUACGACUUUAUCUUACAAGAAAACACGGAGGUGGAUUUUUUGCCAGUUCCUUGUGAAAACUCCAACUUCUUUUCCUCGUGUUGCAGUGAAGACUCACAGCAAUGUUCAAGAUGAAGAGACGCUCGGUGGUAGCUCAGCCGUUAUAUUCACAUAACUGAAUGUUCAACCAGCAAGCUGAAGAUAAAAAGAGAUACCCAUAGCAAACCAUCAAAUGCCAGAGUCCUAUCCCUCAAAGAUGAAUUUUGAUUGGUUGCCGUGGGCUGACGCACUUUGCACUGUACCGUAAUGGAUAGGUUUGUUUCACUGUGAACCGCACUUGUUUUGAAGGGCUAAAGCCAGCCAUACAUGGAUCAAACCUCAACCCGUUUAGUAGAGACCGGCCAAGAUUUGCUCCAUCUAUGGGCAGGCUUAUUGUACCCAAGUCUAUCUGUCAAUCAACUUGGGUACAGCCAGCCUGUCAGGUUUUUUACAUGUGAUUACUGCCGACAGCUACAGUAUAGUCGCUAGCAAUAAUCAUUGUGUUCUCCUGGCGGUGGAGCCUUCCCGGCUGGCAGAGCACGAUAAUGGUAACUAGAGAGAAAUGUGGGUAAGUGAUGAACUAUAAAUGCACCACAUCCCUAGGUAGUUGAAUGGAAAAAUAUUGUAGCAAUGUGGAAUUGUUUAGGUACCAUACACAGAAGAUAUAAAUAUUAAAAAUGUAUUGAUAUACACAAUUAAAAUGAGUCAAAGAUACGAAAACAUGGGUACAUCGCGAUUAG